AAAUACAGAGCUUGAUGUCCAAUUUGUGCAAUCUCAGAAUUCACCAAAAUUGCCAAUCGGGACUCGCGAUUGGAAAAUUGCCGCGUACCCCCGUCCUCUCUUAAAUUGUCGGACAACCAUGGCUGUAUUCUCAUUUUCUGUAAGCCACAGACAAACGCAUAUCUUGCAGGGAAACUGCGUGGUGAUUUCGUAAAGAGAUCGGACCUGCAAAUUUGUCCCUAAUAUUGCAGGAUAUCCGCGAUAUAAAGUACAUCCUCGAAGAUGGUCUUCUCUCGAAAGGAGUUCAUGGUUCGGCACUAUGCUAUUCACCGUGUGAGUACCACCUUCCCAACUGACGUGAAAAGUUACAAAAAAUAAGUCAUGUAUAUAUGGACUUUCCUACAAGCACUACUCGUCACAAUUGCUAAAACUACUUCUAUUGACAUGGAUUUGGUCGGCCUUCUUGAUUUUUAUGGUUUCCGCUGAGGGACUGGUGAGGAUUGGCCUAAAGAAGCGACCAUUAGAUCUAAACACUAUAAAUGCUGCCAGAAUAAUCUCCCAAGCAGAUGUUUUAUUUCCCAACUUUCCUGCAAAUGAUGAAACUGAAAGUCAUUUGAAAAAUGCGAAGGCAGACGUAAUAUAUCUAAAGAACUAUCUCGAUGUCCAAUAUUAUGGAGAGAUUGGAAUUGGUUCGCCCCCGCAAAGCUUUGCAGUCGUCUUUGACACCGGAAGCUCCAAUCUUUGGGUCCCAUCAUCAAAAUGCCUUUUAUCUAUUCCUUGCUAUUUCCAUUCCAAGUUCAGGGCAAGGCUGUCCAGUACUUAUACCAAAAUUGGAAUACCUUGCAAAAUCCAUUAUGGUUCUGGAUCCAUUUCUGGCUUCUUCAGCCAAGACAACGUGAAAGUUGGGGAUGACAUCAUUAAAGACCAAGACUUUUCCGAGAUAACAAGAGAAGGACUAUUACCUUUCAUAGCUGCACAGUUUGAUGGGAUACUAGGACUUGGGUUCCAGGAUAUUUCUGUUGGACAAGCAACACCUGUCUGGUAUAAUAUGGUGCAGCAAGGUCAAGUAAGCAAGCAAAUUUUCUCUUUCUGGUUUAAUCGAAAUCCAGCAUCAGAAGUGGGAGGUGAGGUUGUCUUUGGAGGUCUUGAUUGGAGGCACUUCAAGGGAGAUCAUGUUUUUGCUCCAAUCACUCGAAAGGGUUAUUGGCAGAUUGAUGUGGGAGAUAUUUUUAUCGCAAACAAUUCAACAGGAUUGUGUGAGGAUGGAUGUGCUGCGAUUUUGGACUCAGGGACGUCCUUACUUGCCGGUCCAACAACUAUUGUUGCUCAAAUCAAUCACGCCAUAGGAGCAACAGGAGUUGUGAGCUUGGGAUGCAAAAAUGUAGUUUCCAAGUAUGGGAAUUUGAUAUGGGAAUUCUUGGUAUCUGGGUUACGACCUGAAACUGUUUGUGCUGACAUUGGACUAUGCUUCUACAAUGGCUCUUCCUCUGUGAGCUCUGGAAUUGAUACCGUGAUUGAAAAUAAAACUCGGGAAAACUUGCCAGAUGAUGAGAGUGCCUUUUGCACUUUCUGUGAGAUGAUUGUCUUUUGGAUUCAAGUAGAGCUUAAAAAGCAGAAAGCAAAACAAAGGAUUUUCAAAUACGUGAACGAGCUUUGUGAGAGGCUUCCAAAUCCUGUGGGGAAAUCAUUUGUCAACUGCGAUGACAUCGUGACCAUGCCAUAUAUCUCAUUCACCAUCGGAAACAAGUCCUUUCCUCUCUCUCCUAAACAGUAUAUUCUCAAAGUUAAGAAAAGUUCUUGGACCGUCUGCAUCAGUGGGUUCACACCUUUGAAUGUGCCACCUCCGCAGGGUCCACUCUGGGUACUUGGAGAAAUAUUUUUGGGAGCGUAUCACACUGUUUUCGACUUUGGUAAUCUCAGAAUUGGAUUUGCUGAGGCUGCAUAAACCUGACCGAAGUCUCUCUUUGGCCCAGGGAAUAUUUGAUUCUAAUAAUCAGCUAGCGAACAUUUCAGAAGAUUUGUAAAGAAUGAAAAGUGCUUAAACGCAUUAGGGUAUCGAGCCAAACUGAUAAACAAGAAGUAACUUGUAUUGAUGAUAAAGUUGCAUGAUCAAUCUUGUUUAUUUUGAUACAAACAAUUGACAGAAGAUGGAUAAAAUUUGAAGUGUUCCAUGA